AUAGUUUAAUUAUGUUUGCCCAGUCAAUGCCUCGGCAUGGGAACCCAGCAGAAGGAUAGGAUACAGAGUUCACUGACUAUGAUGGAUAGAGAGUAGGCAACAUUUCUUAAACAUGUCCUGCCAUAGAAGGUGGCUGCUCUGGGCGGUGUGUCUGCUGUCUGCUCUUUUGGAGUAUGGUGCCGUGAGAGUGACCAUGAGAGAGACACGUCUGGAGGUGGUUCAGGGAGACUCCGUGACCCUGCCCUGCUCCUUCUUCACCAUGAGCCCCCUGUCCAGACUGAAUGUAAUAUGGACCCUCGCACCGCUCUCGGACCCAGACUCGCCUAAACAGGUAAUCGUGUUCGACCACGGCCAGGUGAUUGAGGAUCCCUCCCUGACCGGCAGGGUGGGUUUCACGGGCGUCCCCUGGAGCGCUGACAUCAUCCUGAACAACACACGCUUAUCAGACGCUGGCACCUACCGCUGCAUGGUGAGCAACCCCCCCGAGAACGGAGACCCAGGCAUAGGGGAACUGACGAUCAACGUCAUGGCGCCCCCUUCACUGCCCUUGUGCCUGUGGGAAGGGGUCACUGACAUGGGGGGGAGCGUUGCCUUGUCCUGCAUGGUCGCUGAGGGAGUGCCCAUUCCAGAGAUGCGCUGGGAUAAACUGGAACCACAGGAAAUCUCCCUGCCUAUCAAAAUGGAUGGGGACUUUACAGGUUCGGUCCAGAUAAUCAACAUAUCAUCUCAAACCUCUGGGCUGUACCGCUGUUCAGUCAGCAACCUCCUAGGCACCCAGAACUGUUAUGUCAACCUGUCAAUCUACAGCCCUCCUGCCAGUUCCCCAGGGAUCCUGCAGGGGGUGCUGUUGACCCUGUCCAUGGCUCUGGUGCUGCUGGCUUUGAUGGUGCUGGUUCUCUGGCUGCAUCGCUCUGGCCAGGAGAGGUGGAGUGAGGGGAAGGAAGAUGAGGAAUGUUAUAAUGAGAUUAGGUACACUCCAUCUCUGAUGAAACGCUCCUUUGUUUGAUCCUACCAUCAAAGGAAGGCAAAUGACCAGAUGGAUGGUAAAGAGAGAAAGGACAUUAACAUUAUACUUAAACUCAAUGAACUUUUGUUUCCUAAAAUGUGUAAACAAGGAAGUAUUCCAAUGCUGAAUGUAGUUCACUGAACUGUGGCUUGCGUGUAGAAUUUGGCUCACAUUCACCAAUUGUUGCAUCAAGAAUUCACACAGAAAAUAUUUAAAAUAUAUACACAUAGAAAACUGGUAAAUUGCAUUUUGUUUUAUGAAUAAAUCCAUUUGAAAUACAGUUUCAACGUCUGAGAGGAAUGUGCUUGGGUUUCUAUUUUGAAAGAAAAAUUGCACUACGAAAACACUGCCUGAUAAAAGCAUAAGAGAAAACAAGACAUUGGGAAUGGUCAAUAAAAGCACUCA